AUGGACACUGAGGAGCUGGGAGAGCGACAGCAGUCUUCCAAGCCAAAAGAUCAGGGCACUGACCGACAGAAACAUCACUUUCAAUAUGAGGGAGCAAUGCAACAAGAAGCCAAAGAAAACUUAAAUGAAAACUACUUCUUAAGAGAUCUGAGCUGGAAAUGUGUUAAUAUUCAGUCUAAGAAUGAAAUUAGAACGUUAAGUCAAAGACAAUACAAUGAAGCUUUUGAGAUCGACCAAUUUCAGAUUGAGCGCAAGCAAUUACGGAAUUCUUGCGAUUCCGCGCCCGGAUUUCUAAAAGUUAAAAAUGUUGAGCUGGUCUAUGCGUAUUCUAUCGAAAAGAAAAGGAACAAUAGUGUUAUCCUUGCUGAUGAAAUGGGUCUUGGGAAAACCAUUCAAACCAUCUCCUUUCUCAGCUAUGUGUUCCACGAGCACCAGCUGUAUGGUCCAUUCCUAUUAGUAGUUCCGCUGUCAACACUCACUUCCUGGCAACGAGAAAUUGAGAUGUGGGCACCUGAAAUGAACGUCGUAGUUUACUUGGGGGACAUCAGUAGCCGUAAUAUGAUAAGAACAUAUGAAUGGAUGCAUCCUCAGACAAAGCGGUUGAAAUUCAAUAUAUUGUUAACAACAUACGAAAUUUUGCUGAAGGACAAGUCAUUCCUCGGAGGUGUAAACUGGGCUUUCAUUGGAGUAGAUGAAGCCCAUCGUCUGAAGAAUGAUGACUCUCUCCUGUAUAAAACCAUGAUCGACUUCAAGUCAAAUCACAGGCUGCUCAUAACCGGAACUCCACUCCAAAACUCACUCAAAGAACUCUGGUCCCUCCUUCACUUCAUCAUGCCAGAAAAAUUUUCUUCCUGGGAAGUGUUUGAAGAGGAACAUGGUAAAGGAAGAGAAGUUGGAUACACAAGCCUUCAUCGGGAACUGGAGCCAUUCUUGCUGCGAAGAGUGAAAAAGGACGUUGAGAAGUCUCUACCUGCUAAAGUUGAACAAAUCUUGCGAGUGGAGAUGAGUGCAGUCCAAAAGCAAUACUAUAAAUGGAUUUUAACCAGGAAUUACAAAGCCCUGAGCAAAGGGUGUAAAGGCAGCACUUCUGGCUUUCUCAAUAUCAUGAUGGAACUUAAAAAAUGUUGUAACCAUUGCUACCUCAUAAAACUUCCAGAAGAUAAUAAUUUCUAUAACAGACAGGAGGCCUUACAGCAUUUGAUUCGUAAUAGCGGGAAGUUGAUACUGUUGGACAAGCUGCUUUGUCGACUAAAGGAGCGAGGCCACAGAGUUCUUAUCUUCUCCCAAAUGGUUCGAAUGCUGGACAUUUUAGCAGAAUAUUUGAAAUGCCGACAGUUUUGUUUCCAGCGACUAGAUGGAUCUAUUAAGGGCGAGUUAAGGAAGCAAGCAUUGGACCAUUUCAAUGCAGAAGGAUCAGAUGAUUUCUGCUUUCUGCUAUCAACCAGAGCGGGAGGGUUAGGUAUAAACCUGGCAUCUGCAGACACUGUAGUUAUUUUUGAUUCGGACUGGAAUCCGCAGAAUGAUUUACAGGCACAAGCAAGAGCUCACAGAAUUGGUCAGAAAAAGCAGGUUAAUAUAUAUCGGCUAGUUACAAAGGGAACAGUGGAAGAAGAGAUCAUUGAAAGAGCAAAGAAAAAGAUGGUGCUGGAUCACCUUGUUAUACAACGAAUGGAUACAACCGGGAAAACUGUGCUACACACUGGCUCCAAUCCCACAAAUUCUACACCUUUUAAUAAAGAAGAGCUGGCAGCUAUCCUGAAGUUUGGAGCUGAGGAACUUUUUAAAGAGCCAGAAGGAGAGGAACAAGAACCACAGGAAAUGGAUAUUGAUGAAAUUCUUUGCCGUGCUGAAACUCGUGAAAAUGAACCUGGGCCUACCACUGUUGGUGAAGAGUUGCUAUCCCAAUUCAAGGUGGCAAAUUUCUCCACAAUGGAUGAUGACCUUGAACCUCAGCGCAAUACCAAGGACUGGGAUGACAUUAUUCCAGAAGCACAACGGAGAAGGAUGGAAGAGGAAGAACGACAGAAGGAACUUGAGGAGAUCUACUUGCUUCCUCGAAUGCGUAACUGUGCCAAACAGAUUAGUUUUAAUGGAAGUGAAGGAAGGCGAAGACGGAGGCGUUCUUCAGAGUCAGAUAGUGACUCCGUUUCUGAAGGGAAACGUCCGAAAAAACGUGGGAGACCUCGAACAAUUCCGCGUGAAAAUAUUAAAGGUUUUAGUGAUGCUGAAAUUCGAAGAUUUAUCAAGAGCUACAAGAAGUUUGGCGGACCUCUGGAAAGGUUAGAAGCAAUUGCACGAGAUGCUGAAUUGGUAGAUAAGUCAGAAGUAGAUCUCAGGCGGUUAGGAGAGAUGGUGCAUAAUGGCUGUAUUAAAGCUCUACGAGAGUCCACAGGCCAGGAGAAAACAGCUGCAAGGCGUGGUAAAGUAAAGGGGCCAACGUUCCGAAUCUCAGGUGUUCAGGUGAACGCUAAGCUAGUCAUUGCUCAUGAAGAGGAACUGGCACCCUUACACAAAUCUAUUCCACCCGAUCCAGAGGACAGGAAGAAGUACACUAUCCCAUGUCAUACUAAAGCAGCUCACUUUGAUGUGGAAUGGAACAAGGAAGAUGACUCCAAUCUUUUAAUAGGCAUCUAUGAAUAUGGCUAUGGUAGCUGGGAAAUGAUUAAAAUGGAUCCUGAUCUCAGUUUAACACACAAGAUUUUACCUGAUGACCCAGAUAAGAAACCUCAGGCCAAACAAUUGCAGACCAGAGCUGACUACCUCAUCAAAUUACUUAGUAAAGACCUGGCCAGAAAGGAGGCACAAAGGCUUGCUGAGGCUAAUUCAAAAAAAAGGAAACCAAGGAAUAAAAGGAGUAAAGCUGUAAAAAUUGUGAAGGUAGAAGAGAUUCAAAGUGAUUCAUCAGCACCGUCACCUUCAGUCAAAAGUUCAGAUGAAGAAGGAGAGAUCAAGGAUGAUAGUGCGGGAACAAAGUCUACAAGAAAGAAAUUGAGACCAGAAAAAGAAAAUGAAGAGAAAUUAGAACAAGAAACCAUAACCAAGAAAGAAGUUGAAGAGAAGGACAUCAAGAAAGAGCCAAAAGAAACAAGAAAAGACAAAAAAGAAAAGGAGGAAAAGAAAGAAACAAAAGAUAAAGAUAUCAAGAAAGAAAUUAAAGACAAGGAGGAUAAGGAUAAAGAACUUAUUUAUAAAGAUAGAGAAGUAAAAGAAGAGAAGGUAAAAUUAUGUUAA